AUGGUGAAUCCGGUUUACAGCGGGCGGGCGGGCGGUGCCUCCUGCUGGCAGUGGCUGUUGGCAGUUCUCCUGACCUUCAUCUUCUCUGUUUGCCUUCCAGUGAUACAGUUUUUCGAUGCUGUCAAAGUGGAUCGCACCCGGAGCUGGCUGUACGCCGCCUGCUCCCUCUCCUACCUGGGCGCGAUGGUUUCCAGCAACUCAGCUCUGCAGUUCGUCAGCUACCCGACCCAGGUCCUUGGCAAAUCUUGUAAGCCCAUUCCAGUCAUGCUUCUAGGCGUGACUUUGCUGCGGAAGAAGUACCCGCCAGCCAAGUAUCUCUGCGUCCUGUUGAUAGUGGCAGGCGUGGCCCUGUUUCUCUACAAACCGAAGAAGGGGGCUGGCAGUGACGACCACGUCUUUGGCUACGGGGAGCUGCUGCUGCUGCUGUCGCUGACCUUGGAUGGGCUGACUGGUGUCUCUCAGGACCACAUGAGAGCUCACUACCAGACGGGCUCCAAUCACAUGAUGCUGAAUGUUAAUCUCUGGUCCACCUUGUUCCUGGGGGCUGGGAUUUUGUAUGUAAAUAAUCUGGAUUUGAAGUAAGAUUCGUUUCUCUGGCUUGAUGACUUUUCACCUGAAAAUAUGACCCAUGUUGUACUGUUUUUCAGUCCGAGUGACGGAAGGCACCUUGUUUGUUUUUUACAGAGUUUUAUUUUCAUGACUGUGGUAUACUUCGGGCCUCUGACUUGCUCCAUCAUCACCACAACCCGCAAGUUCUUCACCAUUUUAGCGUCCGUCAUUCUGUUUGCCAACCCCAUCAGUACCACGCAGUGGGUGGGGACAGUCCUGGUGUUCUUGGGCCUUGGACUCGAUGCCAAAUUUGGGAAGGGAGUGAAGAAGACAUCGCAUUGAGGAAAUGGUUGAUCUCUGCAGUUGGAAUGAACUUUUAAUUUAUUGUCUUGUACCUCAAAAUCUGUUAUGAAACUGGACUCAGGAUAGGUAAUCAGAAGGGGAGUGUCUGGAUUUUUUUGUUUUAGUUUUUUAUUUCUAAAUUGUCUUAAAAAUGUAAUACUUUAGUUUUAACUGUAAUUAAGCUUUUUUUUUUUUUUUUUCCUGUAAUCAAAGCUGCAUUACUAGAUCCUAGCAGCAGGAUGAAAUUCUUGCCUUAACAGGAAAAAAAAAAACCCGUUCAUAUCUUUAUUAAAGAAAAAGAUACAAUGGCCACUUUUCCAGAACUUUAAUUUAAGUAUUGUUGGCUGAUCUUGGGGAGAAACAGCACACUUCCCUCCAAGGAGAGGACUAGCUGUAGAAUUAUGUUAGUUCUUUGGUGUGGCCUGGAAAGAUCCCUGGAUUAAAGGCUGGUGUUGAAGACCACCCUAUUUUCUGACUGCUCGUAUGGUUUUUCCAGAACUGGUUUGGUGGAGCAGCCAGUUGGACGUUCUACCGUUAAGGUCACGUGUGUGACCACCGAGAUGUGUCACAUCCUUCACCCCAGCUCUUCUAAACCAGAAGCAACUCUUGGCAUAUGUCAAAGUUUACAGGAAACCUGUUUAACCAGUGGAGCCCAAAUGAAUUCUUUUCAUCCCCUCCGCUAAUGAAGGAAGGGGACCCUCUGCUGCUAAAACCAUGCCAAGGUUGUGUGACAAGGGCUUCUAAACGUUGAAAGGGCCCUCGUUAAUUAACCACCAUCACGAUGAGCCUUGGAACACCCGCUCCUGGGCACAGGCUGGCUCCCCAGUGUUGUACUGGGAGGAGUUAUUACCAUAAUGAUGCCUUCAGAGUUGGAGAGCAAAAUUCUCCAAAGAGCAAACUUUACACAUGAAAGCAUGUUUCUACCAGCUGUCGCUUGGUCUCCAUCUGUUCUGUGGCUUUGGCCUUUUGCCCCUCCAGAUGGGAUCUUGAUCUCUCUCCUGAGCGCCCGUUGUAAGUCUCUCUCUCUCAUCCCCUGCUUCCUCCACCCCUCCAGCGUUUCUUUACAACUUUUUUGGCCACAAAUUUGGUUUUCAUUAAUCUUACUAUCCUACAGUUCUCCUCAAACAACGCGUUCCUUGCAAAACUAAACCCGAGGCUGUUAAAGGGUUUUUCUCUGUCACCUUCACCUCUUUGCUAACUUCCAUUGUCUUAAAGGUCAAGGGAUAAGUAGUAAACAAACAUGUCCUCAGUAGUAGAGAAGCCUGAAGUAAAAGCUUCUGUGACUUAACUCCAUGAGUGCUGCCUGACAAACACUCCGCGCUGGCAUCUGCUACUGCGUGGAGAUUCUCCCUUCCCUGAAGACAGUUUACACUUCCCAGUAUCUCUAAGGUAAUGACUACUAUUUCUGUUUUAUAAAAGGGAGCAGAGAAAUUGCAUGACUUGUUCAUGAACGCUGUGGCAGAGAUAAGAAUUAUCUUCUGGGUGAUUUAAUCAUAAAACUAUCUUUGCUCUCUUUUUAUAGGACUUGUGUUCCUCUCUCUCUCAGCACUAUCUUAAACUUAAUCAAGUCUCAAACUCAGCAACCAAAAGCAGCAGAAGUAUUCUAGGCGAGCUCUCAAUUCUAUUCAUUUUGCAGACUUGUUUUCCCUUCUAUUAAAUUAGUAAUCUAGGAUUAGACCCAGCUCCCACAUCACUGUGCAAACACAAACACCUGAAAAAUGCAUUAUGGAUCACUUACUCCCUCAACCGUCCACUUCCUUGUGAUAAUCUUGGAAUUUCUGUUCAAACAGGUUGCCUGUUCAGAAUAUUUGAGUCAUUGCUGUAACAAACUAGUCUGUUCUAGCGAGUGUGCUACAGAUCAAAAGGGAAUUAGCUCUGUUUCGAUUCCACAGAAGCAGAAUUGUUUAAUAGCAAUAAUUCUAUACUGGCUAAAGCUCUUGAGAAAGGAGAUGAUCAGAAACUGAGGGAGUGAGAUAGCAGCAGCCUUUCUCCGCUGUGCUGUCCGUUUGUUAUCGGUGAUCUCCUUUUUAUUUACAGCAUCUCAAGCCAAAUUGCCUUUUCUCUGUACAGAGACUGCUUUUCUGAACUCUUCUCCCCCUUUCGCCCCAAGUCUAGGUGUAGCUUUAGAAGAAACUGAGUCUUAAAGAAAAGAACACCACCCCCAAACCACCAAAACAAAGAAAAAAACCACCACAAAACCAACCGAAAAAACAAAGACUUUGUUAAUUCUCUUCUUAACCACUGAAAAGAAGCCACUGUAGAUUCAAGGGAACUUGCUCAAAGCCCCAGGUCUGUCCCCUUGCCCACGCUGCAGCAGCCUAGAGGACCAGCAGAGAGAAUGAAGUUGGGAGCUUCCCAAGGUCUAUUUUCUAAGCCAAGAUCUGUCUUUACCAAUAUCUUCAACUUGUCUGUAUUCAGAGCACAGAUUUAAAGAUCAGUCUGCCAAGAAGAAAGAAAAUAAAGGAGAUUUUCUCUCUCCUGAUUGCUGCAGGCUCCCUUGACCCACUUUAGCUCUAAAGCCUAUUCCUGGUAUUGCUCCAACUUGGUUCUUGCUGCACCUCUGACUCUUAGUCAAUACGAAUUUCUUAAAACAAAGGCAGCUUUUGUACCUACCUUGAGUCUGAAUCCUUUGGAUUUCCUUGGACAGCUUGCUGUCUUCUCUCCAGACCUCAUGUACUGCAAGAUCCCAGAGGAGGCUACAAAACCAAUUCAAGAAGCUAUUUUCAAAUCAGCACUGGCUUUUCUUGGACAGUUUGAACAACGCUGCCACAAAGCAGGUCCCCAGCCCUGAGCUGUCGGGAGGAUUGCUGCAAUACCUCUCCCCAGUGACAGACUGGUUACCACAUUUUGAGAAGCCUGCCUGGUGGUUUGUGGUGUAUGUCGCUGUUCAAGUUCAGCUGUCUCUAAAUAAAGACAAGUAAACUCCAAAGGAACUGGGUUAGGAUCCAAUCAAGUUUUCAUCUCCUGUGUUACUUUUUCCGAUGAGAAAUGGUAGCUCCUCUUCGAGGCACCUUUUGCAGAGGGAUAAUUCUGUUUAAUAGUUUUUUUGGCUUUGUUCUUUUUUUUAAUAAACAGCUCAAGUGUCUUCAGAGGCAAUGCGUGAAUUUCUGGUGAAGUGUCAGGAAAGGCUUUCUGUCUUCAAGUGAGAGAUUAGUAACAAACAAAGUGUUGACAGAACUUAUUCUAGUUUAUCCAGAUACUGCGGAACACCCAGGGUAUGGCUGUGCAAAGGAAUUCUUAACUACUGCUAGCAAGUUAUAGUUUGCUUACUGAAAGAAGGAAGCGUUCCGUGGUAGCAUGUGCACCUAUAAACAUUUUAGAGGUUUCAGGGAAUUAAAGCACAGCGCCCCGGGUCUCCACCAACAGCCUGGGCUUUACCAGUUCUGCUACAACUCAGUUUGUCUGGUUUUGUUUUGUUUUUUUUUCUAGAUAUUCUCCAGUUUAUUAAAGGGUGCAAAUCUAGUUAAAUAAAAAGCACUACCUUGUUCUUUUUAGUCCUGUGUGCUUAAUCUGUCUGUCUUUCCCAGAAAAUAAUGCCAGAUUUUCCAAAAUGAAAAGUUUUUGUAAAGUGUCAAACGUGGCCCUUCGCAGCCAAGACGGGAGGUGCUUUGAACACCCACUGGGUCAUGUUUGGAGUUUGGGUUGACUUACCAAGGACUUACUAAAGGGAACGCUUGUGUUUGUUCCUUCCUUCACAGAUGUGACUGGUCUUUCUCUGAGUAGAAGAGGAAGGGAAAUCAGUUGAGUGGGAGAUUAGUUAAUUAAGUGCCUUAGACAAAGCCCUGCAAAUGCAAAACAUGAGAGUUAGACUGAGAAGUUAUGAGGAGAUUCCAUUUUCUUCUACUUUUUGUUGGCUCCAGAGUCCCAACCUUGAGUCCGUCUAUGACUCAGCCAAUUACCAGCAGGGGGAACCCUUAUUUCAGUAAUUUUCAAGAAAUACAAGGAGAAAAACAACCCAAAAAAGCAGUUCCUGUUUAAUUAGCGAUAUAACUGUACUUCUAGAGUCUUUGUGCUUACAGUAAAAACAUAAUGUGGAAAUCGAGGUCUUCCUCCAUUUUUAUUCUGUUUCUUUUUGACCGUCAGCUGAAGCAAAGUCGUUAGAAGAUUUAAGACAAUCCCCAUCUCUUCUGCAGAACGGCCUCCGUUACAAAUAGCAUCAGUAUAAAGAAGUAUGUGCACACCUGCAUGUCCUCAUGUCGUCAUGUAACACAAGCAGCUGGCAUCCUGCACAGCAGCAGCCACUGGCGUCACAGUCGACAGUUUUGAAAACAUUUCUGCCAGAAUUCUCCUAGGAACCUUGUCAGUUCUUGGAGGUUCCGGGGAGAGGAGAAUAAACAGAUUACAUUG